GGCAUCUCAGCCCGGGACCAGACCUCCAGUCCUCAACAUCCAGGCUCUCCGCUCCCAGGCGAGGUAUGCUGGGCUAACCUUGCCCAAACUCGAUUUAAUUUAAAAAUAAGCGCUUUUAUACUUUAUUCAUCUUUCAUACUUUACGCCUCCACUGAAAAGUAAAAGCCAGUCCAGCGAAUUCGUGCUCUGCGUUCUUAACUCCGGUCCGAGCCGCCAGUAAAACCCGAGCUGGACUUCAACACUCCGGGAUCCGGAGCAGCUUGGACCAGAAGAGGCUAGUAGCUCCUCGGAGGGCUAGGUAGCAGAUUGUUUAAGGCAUGCGGUGCCGGUAGACGAACCAACCGUGACUCUGGGAAACCGGGAGCUGUCCUUUGUAGCCCCCGACGGGGCAUGGUGAGGCGGGCCAGAAGCCUGCGUCUCCUCCCCUGACCGGCCAGGACACCCCCCACCAUGGAGGGGAACGGGGAGAUGAGCGACACGGACAGUGGCAUCAUCCUCCACUCCGUUUUCAGAACGAAACCAACUGGUUCCGACAGCCCCACCACCACCACCACCACCAAGGAUGUGACCACCCACACCCGGGCCAUGAAGCUGAAGCACCAGUCACUCCAGGGGCGGCUGCAGCUCUGCCUUCAGGAGCUCAAGAAGCUGUGCAUCCGAGAGGCCGAGCUGACGGGCGAGCUGUCGGCAGACUACCCCCUGUCUCAUGGAGAGUCGCCCCCCAAGGUCCGACGGCGGAUCGGAGCCUCGUUUCAGUUGGACGUGCAAAGCAUCCCCAGCGGACAGGAGCAGGUCUCCCCUCUGAGCCUGGUGGACUCGGAGCUGGCCCUGCAGCUGAAGAUCUACGAGGCGGCGCGGCGGCUGUGCCGAGAGGAGCACCAGAACAAGGCGGUGAGGAAGAGCCGGCUGCAGCAGUGCAAGCGGGAGGAGAAGAGGGUGAAGGAGCUGCAGGAGACGGCCUUCCGGCUCCGCCUCCAACAUGGCCGCUCCUCACCGCUGCCUGCUUUCAAUGUUCCCCUCCAAGAGCUCGGGAAUUCAGACGACAGUUCUCUGUCGGAUUCGCCGCUCCUUGAUGAAGAGGUGCUCCCUCCUCCGCUGCCGUCCUCGGGACCUCCGGGUCAGGAGCAGGACCCCCUCCCUCAGUCCUUCCACGCGUCGUCUCCCCCCUCCAGCGCCAACUCCUCCCUCGUGUCCUUCCCCAUGGCCACGCAGCCUCGCACGCCGCCGGUCAAACGCACGCCGAGCCAGCUCACGCCCAUCCGACGCACCCUGAGCCACCACACGCAAAUCAGGCGCACCCCCAGCCUGCUCAGCCCCAGCCAGCUCCCUCCGGGCCUGCUCACGCCCGGGAGAGCCGGCUCCCCGGGGCUGGACUCCAUGCUGAGCUUCUCCUCCAACCCCGAGUCUGAGGCCCCGCCCAUUCAGCCCUCCCCCUGGUCGGAGUCCAGCCUGGACCAGCCCUUCCAGAAGACCAAGAAGAACCGCUCCAGCACGAAGAGCGCGGCCAGUAGCCCCGCCUCCAGCCAGGUCCUCCCGCCCCUGGAAGCCUGCCUUGGAAACCCCAGCCUGCCACAGCAGCUGGCCCAGCUGCAGCUGUGUGACCGCCUGGCCAAUGGCAGCCCUACUAAUCCGGAGCCACGCCUCCAUCGACACCUCUCCCUCAGGAUCUCCAACCCUGAAGCUCCCCUGGAGGAGAGAAGAGGUCGCCCGCGAUCUGCCAGGAGACGCCUGACGGACUGCUCUGUCACAACGCCAGACACUGCUGGGGGGAACCCUGCCGACCAGUAUGGCUCACCACAGAACCCUGCAUACCAGUAUGGUUCACCACAGAACCCUGCAUACCAGUAUGGUUCCCCACAGAACCCUGAAGACCAGUAUGGAACACCAGAUAACCCUGCUGACCAGUGUGGAACACCAGAGAACCCUGCCGACCAGUAUGGUUCCCAACAGAACCCUGCGGACCAGUAUGGUUCCCCACAGAACCCUGCCGACCAGUAUGAACCCAUAGAACCAGAGACCGCGGGAGGGAGUCCUGCAAGCCACUAUGGAACUCCGGAGAACGCCGGGGAGAACCCUGUGAACCAGUAUGGAUCCACAGUCCCAGAGUCCACUCGGGGGUACCCUGAAGGACUCUAUGGACCCCCAGAGAACCUUACAGACCGCUAUGGCCCCCCAGAGACCACUAGGAACCCUGAAGGACAAUAUGGACCACCAGAGACCAUGAGGUACCCUCCAGGCCAUUAUGGACCACCAGAGAGCACAAGGGGGUACCCUCAAGGCCACUAUGGACCCCCAGAGACCACUAGGUACCCUCAAGGCCACUAUGGACCCCCAGAGAGCACAAGGGGGUACCCUCAAGGCCACUAUGGACCCCCAGAGACCACUAGGUACCCUCAAGGCCACUAUGGACCCCCAGAGAGCACAAGGGGGUACCCUCAAGGCCACUAUGGACCCCCAGAGAGCACAAGGGGGUACCCUCAAGGCCACUAUGGACCCCCAGAGACCACUAGGUACGCUCCAGGCCACUAUGGACCCCCAGAGACCAGUAGGUACCCUCUAGGCCACUAUGGACCCCCAGAGACCACUAGGGGGUACCCUCCAGGCCACUAUGGACCCCCAGAGACCCCCAGGGGGUACCCCCCCUUCCGUGGAAACCAGGCGAACUCUGAGGACGGCUACUCGGACCACUGCUCCACCCCGCGGUCGGGCUCCGUCUGCCAGGAGCCGCAGAGGGACUUCCCCAGAGCCAGACCCUUCCAGCACCCGGGCCCCCAAGGCGUGCCCGGCGUGCAUGCCUUCCAGGGGUCCGGCCUCUACCACCAGGGCCCCCCCCGCUACCAGUCUGGUCCCAGCUCCAACCCCCACCACUACCCCGGGGACGUGGCGUACGCCCGGAACCUGGACCUGUCCCGGGGGUACCACGGCCCCCAGGCCGCUCCCAACAACAGACGGGACUACAUGUACGCCGAGGCCCCCUCUGUGACGGGCCCCCGGCGGGCCCCCCAGGAGGGGAGGCUCGCCCGCACCCCGUCGCUGUGGGAGCCCCAGCGCUACCGGUCCGACGGGGGCCCCCGCCCCCGCGUGCUGGUGGACGACCAGCUCAAGUCCUGGCACCACCGGAACCAGCUCAGAGCGCCGCGUCCCCGCUCCCUGGACCGGCAGGGGGCGGUCCGCGUGAAGGCGGUACCGGACUGGGGGUCCCCCCUCGCCCACAAUCAAAGGUAUCAGGAGCAGGUCCUGAAACCCCAAGCCCAGCAGUGGCCCCUGGACGAGGGGCCCCGACGCUGGCUCGCAGAGGACUUCUCGAGGGCUGUCAGUCAGGUCUGAGGGCCCACGCGGGACCCCCACGGUGUUCGCAGACCAGGAGAGAAGACGCUUCCUAUGCGCUGAGCUGUGGGAGUCCGGGCAUGAUGUAGUCGCUGUUUAUUUUUUUUUCUACAUGACGUUUCAGAUGAUUUGACUUCCUAACAAUCGUAAUUCCUGGGGAAUGAAACCUGACAGAUGGAUAGUUGAUCUGCCGAAGGCCUUAGGGCAAUGCCUGCUUCUCCAUGGUAACUAGUUGUAGUUUAUUAUAGGUAUGUCAUAGCAUACAGAAUGCGUGUAAUAUAAUCACUGAAAAUAUGAAAUUUAGAUAAUGUGACUUAACAAUCAUGGCAAUCAAAUGUUUAGUUGUUCUUUAUUCCAUUCCUAAACUAACUCGGUAGAGCGAUGUUAUUGUGGUCUGAUAUUAUUAUCCUACAUGACUGAUAGCAGAGAUACUCACAUUCACUUUUGGAAUAUUUCUACACCAAAAUCAAGUCAUUUAUAUUAAUAUUGACCGCAAACACUUUAGGUAAAAUUAAAGAAAUGGAAGGUAUAAUCAGUAUAAUAUGAAUUCUGCCCCUCGCAUUUUGGGUCCUUGGUUCAUGCAUCCAAACCGUGGAAAUCUUCCCAACAUACUAGUUCAAUAAAUCUGCAUGGAUCUUUAUAGUGAAAAUACAAUGCAUGGUAUGAAAUUAUUUCACCUCCCGAUGAAGCCUGAUAAAGAAUAAGAUAUGCAGAUUGAGAAUCUGUAAAAAAAAACUUUACGAAGACUUCACAGACACUAAGGGUUUAGACAAGGUACAUUCUGUGAGUGGAUGUUUGACAUGACCAUGACCGAACGACAUGUGUCUUCCAGAAUGCUAUUUAUUCCUUAAUUUAUUAGGAUUCACACCACUGGACCCGUCAAUGUUUUAAACGUACAUAAAUACAUUGAGCUGAAUGUAAAAGACUGUAACCAGAAUUUACAAUCUCUGAUGAGUACAGUGUAUAUAGGUGUAAAAAAAGAAAAUACAUUGUUACCUUAUUAAUGCUUCUUUACUUGUGUUUUUAUAAGUUGUAUUUAUUUUGUUGCUGUAGGAGUUUAGAGAUGAUGCUAGAAAAGUAGUUUUUAUAUAUUUACCGUGUUGUAAAAAAAUAUCAAUAAAAUGAAACCGUGGCACAAUGUUUAA